AUGGCGCAGUUAUUGGUAGAAGUGCCCGAAGCCGUCAUUCUAUGCGAGCAAUACCUGGAAAUCUAUCCCGGACGUAAUAUCAUACAGUUGUUUGUAAAUGACAUCUACACCAACCUCCUUCUGGCCCUUAAAGAAAUCCUCAGAUGGUAUAUUCAGUAUGCCUGGAGUAAUUCCUCAUACAGUCUCUUGGGGAACAAUCCCUACGGAGAAAUGAUCAACCAAUCCCUCCACAACAUUGGCCGGUCUAAGGGUCUCCUCAUCGAAGAGUCUCAAUUGUAUUUGGCGCGGUCGCAACGAGCCACACUUUCUACAGCACCCAAGAUCGACGUGCAAUCUCGCGAGACCAACUCAACGACUGUCGGCGUGGGUGGAAGAUUGGCAGAGUUCCAAGAAGAGUUCGAAGAAACGACGAAGACACAUGGCAAAGAGAUGGACGCACUGGACGCAAUCAAAGAAACGUUGAAGCCAUAUGGCGAAGGGGUGGGCGGACUAGGCGUACUCAAGAAAACUCUAGAUGGGGCAGUGAGAGAUGCCAGAUGGAAUGACGACGAAUUCGAACAGCAACAUGACGAAGCCUUGAGACAAGUAGAGCUCAGGGCCGCCAGGGAUAAGCAAAGGACAGCCGAGCUUGCAGAGCCUGUCGCCAGAACAGCGAUCACCCCAGAAAAUCUCAUGAAAGAGUUGAAUUUGAAACCAGCCAAGCAUACACAUACAUCAGAAGUCCCCAUGGUGCUCAAGCAUGCACAGGAAGGUCAAAGCGCAUUCGAGACGACAUCGCCAAUGAGCUACCUCAUAUCGGCUCUCUACUUAACGCUAGAACAGGCGCCGCGCACCCUGGUCCUCCCUUUCUUCUGUGGGAGAAGCAAAGCAAGCUACGGACCCAAGUUCAUGCUUCGGGCGCUACUCGCCCAGCUUCUCGAUCUUUGCAAUACGCAUGGGUACACUGGCAAAGGAGGUGUACCCAUACUCUCAUUUCUUGGACACGAAGAAAGGGCGCAGUUGAAGGAGCAGGACUGCGUGACGUACACAAGAGUGCUCGCGCAACUGCUACAAGAGCUGCGAAAGGAGUAUAGCGCAAUCUUCAUCUUGAUCGACGGUCUUGACUUAUAUGAUUCGGGAUUCGAGGAAGGCAUGGAUGAUUUCGUUGAGGGUAUGAAGCAGCUGGUCAAAUUUUGCAACAAGCCAGAUGACAAAACGCCUGGUGGUGUUCUCAGGGUGCUCUUGACAACAGCCACAUCGUCGAGGUGCUUCGAUUCUCCUGCGAAGCCACUGGUCGUAAUUGAUGUGCCGAAUUAUAUAGAGGGGAUGUUGGACGGGUUCCCGAGUGGUAAUUAG